AUGUUGCUAACGAGUUUAGACCUCUGACUGACUUUCAGCUUGAAUUACUCGGCUCUGAAAUUGGCUUGUACACUCAGUUUAACCAACAAAAAGUUAUAUUAGUUAACCUGUUUUGCUUUGGAGGAAAAAGUUGGAGUAAAAAGCGUAAGACGAAUUCUUAAAUGGGAUGUAAGGACGGAACAGCGUCGUCUCUAACGGACGAAAGUAUGGAAUCAAAGAUGGCGAGCAGAACAAAUUAGCUAACAGUAACGUAAGCUGCUACUGUCAUGUUUCCCCUGUCCUUAAAAUGGAAAAUACAGUCUCGGUGUCCAUUUGUUUGACUUUAAAACAAUGACGGAUUACAAGCCAAGCCGUUUUCGACAACACACCUGGACAGGACAUUUAAAGGCCUGCAACACCCAGUCCACUCAGUUACCACAUCAUGGGUUUAUUAAGUGGGCCAGUUGCCAUAGCGACGCUUUGGCAGGAUAUUGCCAGGAUAAGCCGUAAUGGGUCUCCUGACGCAGUUCACUCUGCUCCUGUGGAAGAACUUCACUCUACGGAAGAGACAAAAGGUGCGGCUGGUCGUCGAGUUGGUAUGGCCUCUGUUUCUCUUCUUCAUACUGGUGUGGGUGCGGUCCACCAAUAAGCCAGUUUAUAAAGGCCAAUGCCACUACCCAAAUAAAGCCAUGCCAUCGGCUGGCAUGCUGCCCUGGCUGCAAGGUAUGAUGUGUAACAUCAACAAUCCCUGUUUGAACUAUCCAACGCCGGGGGAGACACCAGGCCAAGUCAACAACUUCAACAACUCCGUAAUUGCUGGGAUGUUGAUAGAGCUGCAAACCCUCCUGGUGAACAGAUCUAUUCUCAGCAAGGCACAGCUGCUGGCAGAUGACCUCGAACAGUGGGACUCAGCCCUGUCACAGUCUAACCUUGAUAAUGCUCAACCAGUGAUCCUGAGGAAUAUUCUAAGAGACAAUGAGACUUUCUCCACGUAUCUGAGAGCAAAUUUGUCAGUGCCAUCAGAAGUGGUCCAAAGCCUCAUGAAUGCUGAGAUUAAACUCAAUCCAAUGAUGGGCAUCCCGAGGCCAGGCAACCUGAAGAGCAUCCUUUGUGAGGGGACAGAUCUGGAUGAGUAUGUCCAAUUUAGCAGCCAGGCUGAAAAGGAGGCUUUUCAAAAUGUCAGCUGCUCCCGCAAUCCACAGCAGCUGAUUAACGCCCGGCGAGUGCUCCUGCAGAACCUGGACGUGAGGAAAGUGCUUUCUGGGGUACCUACAGGUUUGAUGGACACAGCCACACUGUUGAGGAAAACCACCCAAGACGCAUUACCAGUGAUUGAGGAGAUGGCCAGGUUGCAAAACUCCACAAACUUUAAGGCUGCUAGUUCACUGGAUUUCCGAAAGGACAUGUUUGGCAGUGUCAGUAUGCUACUGUGUGGAGAGGAACCUAACGCCAGUUCACACUCAGAUAGACUGAGAGCGAACAGGAAGUCAGAGUCUAUGGGCAACAGUUCUGAUGCUUUUUGUCAGACUCUCGUCGACACCCUGGAGAGCACACCUGGUCUGCGCUACAUUUGGAGCACAUUCAAGCCGUUAUUGCAAGGGAAAGUCCUCUACACACCUGAUACACCCGCUGUUCGCCUUGUGGUGAAAGAGGCAAAUAGCACAUUCAAUGCCUUGGCUAUGCUGAAAGAACUCGCUGAUUCAUGGGAUGAACUUGGGCCACGUGUCUGGGAUUUUCUUCAGAAUAGCCCUCAAGUCAACGCAUUACGGGCUUUGCUGGCAAAUCCAGUGUUUGCUGCUGCCCUCGACCAGCGCCUCAACGGCACAGGAUGGACAGCCGAGCUGCUGGCCAACUUCCUGUACAACGGGCCCCCGGAGGAUCGGCCGCCUGGCAUGCCUGCCUACGACUGGCGGGAUGCUUACAACACCACAACCGAAAUGCUGAAGCUUCUCUCCAACUUCCUCGGCUGUUUAGACCUGAAUAAGUUCGAGGCAGCCCCCACUGAAAGCCAUCUGGUGAGCCAAGCACUGGAGCGUCUGGAGAAUGAUACAUACUGGGCCGGUGUUGUCUUUGAAGACCUCCAGCCAGACUCCAGCCACCUCCCUCCCUAUGUCAAAUACAAAAUUCGCAUGGACAUCGAUGAGGUGGAGCGUACCAACAAACUCAAAGAGAGGUCGUGGUCUCCCGGGGCCCGAGACAACUCCUUUAACGACCUGCGCUAUAUCUGGGGAGGCUUCGCCUACCUGCAGGAUAUGAUGGACCAUGGCAUUAUACGAGUGCAGACGUCAAAGACCCAACCCCUCGGUGUUUUUGCCCAGCAAAUGCCAUACCCUUGCUACGUGGAUGACGUGUUCCUCCGGUCUCUGGCACGCUCCCUCCCUUUAUACUUGACUUUAGCCUGGAUCUACUCUGUGGCCAUGAUCAUCAAAGGCAUCGUCGCAGAGAAAGAGGCGAGGCUUAAGGAGACCGUGAGGAUCAUGGGUCUGAGGCCUGCCAUCUAUUGGCUGAGCUGGGCAGUGUCCAGUGUGCUGCCACUGGCCAUCAGCGCUCUCAGCCUUGCCCUUGUACUGAAGUACGGCAAAGUGCUGCAAUACAGCGACCCCUCAGUGAUCUUUGUCUUCCUGCUGGUGUUCUGCCUGGCCACCAUCACUCAGUGCUUCUUCAUUAGCGUCUUCUUCUCUAAGGCCAACUUAGCAGCGGCGUGUGGCGGCCUCAUCUACUUUGUCCUCUACCUGCCGCACACUCUCUGCUACGCCUGGAGGGACGUCAUGGGUUUCCGGGCCAAGGUUGUUGUGAGUUUAUUGUCGUGCGUUGCCUUUGGCUACGGCUGUGAGAACUUUGCCAAGUACGAGGAGCAAGGCAUCGGCAUUCAGUGGUACAACAUAAACAGCAGCCCAGAAGAGGGAGAGCGCUACACCUUCCUCGUGUCCAUCAUCAUGCUGCUCUUCGAUGCUGCAUUUUACUGGGUGCUCACCUGGUACAUUGAGAAUGUCUUUCCAGGCCAAUAUGGAAUCCCUAAGCCAUGGUACUUCCCGUUCACUGCGUCUUACUGGUGUGGGACAGCCUCGGUGGCUCACGUUGACCCCGGCUUGCUGAAGGACUCGACUGAACCGAACGAGUAUCUGGAGAAAUCACCAUCCGAUAUGAAAGCAGGGGUCUCAGUCCGCAAUCUUGUUAAAAUCUACAAGACUGGAAAGAAGCUGGCUGUGGACGGACUAAGUGUGGACUUCUACGAGAAUCAGAUCACAUCUUUCCUUGGCCACAAUGGAGCCGGAAAAACAACCACAAUGUCAAUUCUGACAGGACUGUUUCCACCUACAUCAGGAACAGCACUCAUCAAUGGAUACGACAUCCUCACUGACAUGGACUGCAUCCGAAAGUACUUGGGAAUGUGCCCACAGCACAAUGUGUUAUUCAGCGAGCUGACAGUUGAAGAGCAUAUCUACUUCUACGCUAGGCUGAAAGGACGCAGCCGCGAUGAGGUGAAAAUUGAGAUGGACCAGAUGAUUGAGGAUGUUGGUUUACCACACAAGCGGAAGGAUCUUGCUAAGAACUUGUCAGGUGGGAUGCAGAGAAAGCUGUCUGUGGCCAUAGCAUUUGUUGGAGGCUCAAAAAUCGUCAUCUUAGAUGAACCUACAGCAGGAGUGGACCCCUAUGCCCGCAGGAGUAUCUGGGAACUGCUGUUAAAAUACAAACAAGGUCGCACCAUCAUUUUGUCGACGCAUCACAUGGAUGAGGCAGACAUCUUAGGUGAUCGCAUCGCCAUCAUCUCCCACGGCAAGAUGCGUUGCUGUGGCUCCUCACUCUUCCUAAAGAAAUGUUUUGGCAGCGGCUACUACCUCACUCUGGUCCGAGAGGGGACUGAAAAGAUGACAGCUCAGCGUAAUGGCAUCAUACACAGUCAGGCCAAAGAGGAGAAAGACUGUCCUUCGAGGAGCAGCAGCCCGGAUGAUGGCAUCGGCAGCCAAAGCUGGAGCAACUCUGAUCCCUCAGAUUUGACAGCACUGGGUCAAAUUGUGCGGCGCCACGUCCCUGAGGCAGUCUUCUUGGAGAGCAUCGGUCAGGAGAUCACCUACAUACUGCCUUAUGGUGGAGCCAGAGAUGGGACCUUUGCCCUGCUCUUCCAAGAGCUUGACCUGGCCAUGGCUGACCUUGGCCUGACCAGCUACGGCAUCUCUGACACUACGCUAGAGGAGAUAUUUCUUAAAGUGGCGGAGGAAACCGGAGUUGAUGCAGAAAUACAAAGGAAUAAUACGGCGUCUUGCAGGGCAGCAACAAAGGAGCUGUUGGUGAGAGACUGCAAAGGAGGCUCCCGCACAUCCAAGCGGAACAGCAUCGCCAGCGUCCACAUGAAAACAGAGCAAGCCUCUGGAAUGAGUGAAUUAAAGGGAAUCACGAAUAAAGUGGAAGACUUAAAGAGGAAUGCCAGUGUCAGCGGGAAGGGAUCCACCGUCAUCACCGGAUGGAAGCUGAUCAGGAGGCAGUUCCUGGCGCUCUUUAUCAAGCGCUUCCACCACGCCCGAAGGAGCCGCAAGGGACUCAUUGCCCAGGUGGUCCUGCCUGCUGUUUUUGUGUGCCUGUCUCUGAUCUUCUCACUCAUCGUCCCGCCAUUCACUGAAUACCCGAAUCUGGAGCUGCAACCCUGGAUGUAUGAUCUGCCUCAAACCACCUUUUACAGCAAUGAUGGGCCAGAUAAUGCGGAGGUAUCCAAGGUGGUGGAAACGUUGGUGAACAAGCCAGGCUUUGGGACUCGCUGCAUGAUUGGAGACCCAAUACCGAACUUACCAUGUUCUUCUAGCGGCUCUGAUUGGUUCACUCCAUCAGUGGAUCAGUCCGUCGCUGACAUCUUCCUCAAUGGGAACUGGAGCAUGUCCAACCCCUCCCCCUCCUGUCAGUGCAGCACGCCUAAACGAACAAUCAUGUUGCCUGACUGUCCGCCUGGUGCAGGAGGGCUCCCUCCACCUCAGAGGAUCCAGAACACAACAGACACAUUGUUGGAUUUAACUGGACGGAACAUGUCAGACUUCCUGGUCAAGACUUUUGAACACUCGGGUAAAACAAGGUACGGAGGCAUCUCUGUCGGGGCAGUCAACUCCCAGGUCCGUCUGACCGAGGCAGCAAUCGAAGCCUCAUUCAAGGAUCUAAGAGUCUUAUUCAGUUCAGUUCAGGAUAAUGUGACUGAUCAGGUCUUCCAGAAUGCUGAGACGCUGCUGAAGAAGCUGGGAACAAGGGACAACGUAAAGGUGUGGUUCUACAACCAGGCAUGGCACGGCAUGGUGUCCUUCCUCAGUGUGGCCAACAACGCCAUCCUGAGGGGAAAUCUGCCGGCAGGACAGGAGCCCCGCCGGUACGGCAUCUCUGUGGCCAAUCACCCCCUCAACCUCACCAAGGCACAGCUCUCCUAUGUUGCCAUGGCCACAACCUCCACUGACGUGGUGGUGUCCAUCUGCGUUAUCUUUGCCAUGUCCUUCAUCCCUGCCAGCUUUGUCCUCUUCCUCAUCCAAGAGAGGGUGAACAAAGCCAAGCAUCUGCAAUUUGUCAGUGGAGUAAACCCAGCUGUCUACUGGUUGGCCAAUUUUGCCUGGGACAUGUGUAACUACAUCAUCCCAUGCUUGAUUGUGAUUACGAUCUUCCUCUGCUUCCAACAAAAAGCCUACGUUUCACCUCCUAACCUGCCUGCUUUGAUUCUUCUGCUUGUUCUGUACGGGUGGUCCAUCACCCCUAUGAUGUAUCCCGCCUCCUUCAUCUUCAGCGUGCCCAGCACUGCCUACGUUGUGCUGACCUGCAUCAACCUCUUCAUUGGCAUUAACGGCAGCAUAGCCACCUUUGUUUUGGAGCUCUUUGAUGAUGAUGAUAAUGUCACCCGCAUCAACGACAUAGUGAAGCAGGUGCUGCUGAUAUUCCCACAUUUCUGUCUGGGCAGAGGGCUAAUUGACAUGGCCAAGAACCAGGCGAUGGCCACCCUCUUUAGCAGUUUUGGGGAAGACCGCUUUGAGGACCCACUCAGCUGGGACAUGGUGGGAAAGAACCUUUGCGCCAUGUCUAUCCAGGGUGUUGUCAUGUUUACCAUCACAAUCCUCAUCCAGUACAAGUUCUUCUUCAAACCACGGCUUAUUUCAGGGAAGUCAUUAUCCGCUGAGAAAGAGGAUAUCGAUGUUGCUCGGGAACGCGAGCGGGUGUAUGGAGGCAACGCCCAGAACGACCUUCUGAGGAUCUGCGACCUCACUAAGGUAUACUCUCGGAAGAGCACCCCUGCUGUGGACAGGCUAUGUGUGGGAGUACCUGCCGCAGAGUGUUUCGGCUUGCUGGGAAUCAACGGGGCUGGGAAAACCACCACAUUCAAGAUGCUGACAGGAGACAUCCCAGUCUCCGGUGGAGAGGCCUUCCUAAAUGGAUACAGCAUACGAACAGAAAUGAGGGACGUGCACCAGAACAUGGGCUAUUGUCCCCAGUUUGACGCUCUUGAUGAACUGCUGAAUGGACAAGAACAUCUGGAGUUUUACGCCAGGCUACGAGGGGUACCAGAAAAAGAGGUCACCAUGGUGGCCGAGUGGGGGAUCCAGAAACUGGGGCUGGUCAAAUACUCCAGCAAGUCAGCAGGAACCUAUAGCGGUGGGAACAAACGUAAACUCUCUACAGCCAUAGCCCUGAUCGGAUGUCCCCCAGUGAUUUUCCUGGAUGAGCCAACCACUGGGAUGGACCCCAAAGCCCGGCGCUUCCUGUGGGACUGCAUCCUGAGUGUUAUCAAAGAGGGACGCUCAGUCAUUCUCACAUCACACAGUAUGGAGGAGUGUGAAGCACUGUGCACACGCAUGGCGAUCAUGGUAAACGGUCGCUUCAAGUGCCUCGGGAGCAUCCAGCAUCUGAAGAGCAGGUUUGGUGAUGGCUACACAGUGAUUGUGAGGGUUGGUGGCUCUCCCCCUGCUCUGAAGCCAGUCGAGGACUUCGUCCAGCAGUCCUUUCCAGGCAGCGUCCUGAAGGAGAAGCAUCACAACACGCUGCAGUAUCAGCUCCCGUACACACAGGGAGCUCUGGCCAACAUCUUCAGUCAGUUCAGCAGCCAUCAGCAGAGGCUGGGGGUGGAAGACUACUCUGUGUCCCAGACCACACUGGAUCAGGUCUUUGUGAACUUUGCAAAGCACCAGCACGGAGAGGAUGACUCUAAGGCCUAUGACAACACUGUGGACACCUCAGAUGAGCUGCCUUUGGAGUCUGUCAAGACCUCCCAAGAAUCUGAGAAGGUGUAACACCAAGGCACAUUACGCUGACAGUGGGCCAACAAUAUACCUUAAACAAGUUUGAACUGAUGUGAUGUGCACUAGCAGAACGAUGAUGAUCACGACCUUACUCAGUCCCCAAGUGCAACAAUGCCUGGUAUUGGUUAGCAAUAACAUGUAGUUGUCCGUGUCAUCUUUCAUAAUAAUUCCUACUCAAGCUCAGGGGGAAACUUUGGAUUUUCAACCUGCUCUGUGUCAUUGCAGUGUGUGCAGCAGGAUUUGUACAAGGUGAUUGAGGUGCUUGAAGUACUUGAAUACUCAGAAAUUCAGAAAGUUCUGCAAUACCUUGAAAAUCUAAAAUGUUUUACUUGGACCUUGGCAGAAUAAAAUUGAGAACAGAAUGAUUAAUUAUUUAAAAAAAACAUGUUACAGGACAGUAUUUCAAACUAUGAACCUGAGGACAGCCGUGCUUGCAAUUAUUUUUCCAAUGCCGUAUGCGCUCGAAGGGCCAUCGGGUUUUUCUGCCUACAGGUUGGCCAAAGUACUUUGCCAAUCACAUGCUUGAAUUAUAAUAACCAGUUAAUUGAUAUUACAUUAAUUUUAGGCCCUGGUAGCAUGUGUGUUUUUUCCAUUAAUGACUUUGUACAAUCCUCAGAGCUGCGAUGACAGAGCUGGUUGAAAAUAGAAAAAGUUUCUUUAAACCAUAACAUGAUUAAUCUAAAUCUGAAGUUACAGUGAGUGUUCACUGACAAAAUCUUUCCAAUUUAUUAAGUUGUCACUGUUCGUAAUCAAAUCCUAAAAUAUGUAUUUUUCUAAAACACAUAAGAAUAUUUCAACUUGUCCCCAGUAGAAUUAAAAGCUUGUUUCCAAAAGGGAGAGAAAAAUCAAACUACUAUUUGCCGUGUACAACCAUGUGGUUGAAAUACUGAAUUCUGCUUACCUGAACAUAGUGUAGGAGAGUGUAUGGAAUCAUGCUCUGAAAGCAUCACACAUAGCACAGCAUUUAGGAUACCUCAGGACUGCGCUUCACAUUAUAUUUGAGAUCUGUUUACAUUUGCUGCUGUUUAUAACAAUGAUAUCUUGCACUGUAAAACUACAUUAUUUAAAAGAGAGGAGCCUGCAGUGAUGUGUUCAGGUGAGUGUGAUCAGGUCAGAUAUUGUGCUCACAUGUGUUGAUAUUUAUAGACAUAUUAAUGAAUAUCAACAAGCAACGAAUGUAAGAAUUAAACCACAGUUCCUUCCUACCUCACAUUGUGAUUUACUGACAGGCACUUUACUGAUUGCCGCAGAUAAGAAAUGAAUAAUAACAACUCUGUCAGAUGUGUUGGCUUUGAAUGUCUGAACGAGCCUCCAAUCAGCUGUAGAUGGUGUUUAAUUAAAAGACAGGGAAGUUACAGCAGUGGGACAAUGCAGAGUCACUCACAGUCAUCCAGCUGUCAGACAUGUCUGCAAGAAAGACGAUAACUCCCAUGUGUGCAUCAGCCACAGCUUACCGACAACCACUAUUCAGAGUCUGUGUGAAUGUAACUGGACACAUAUCAGAAACACUUCUCAAGAAUAUCUAAUGGAUGUAUGAGCAACAACAGAUUUAUAUUUUAUGGAAUUUUUAAUACAUUGCCUUGUGAAAUCUAUUUUAUUUAUCACUUCUUCUUUGCAGAAUCUAAAUAAACUAUCACUGAGUUGUUUUUUUUUGUCAUAGGGUAUGCUGGUAUUGGCACUGGUGUGUUAAUCUACAAUCACCAGAGACUCGCGUCGGUAUCACAGAAUAACACACUCCCUAUCAUGCAGACAACUCUGCAGUUACAGUGAAUACAGUCUGCCUUUUAAAGUGGAAACUGACUACUUUUUACCCACCCACCCCAUCCCCCAUUACCAGCGUUUCGUAGUAGUAUUGUUGUUGGUGUUGCUGUCACGAAGACAUUUGUUUUCCGUUUUCCUCAGAGCCUUUUUUUGCAGUUACUUUGCUUGUUCCACUAUGCAACAUUUCUGCUACUGGGGUUAGUUACUGCGAUGAACUUGCUCUUUGUUAACUGAGAAUAGCUAUCGAUAGCAAUGUGGGGAAACAAAAGGGCUAUCCUCUUCCUGUUUUGGUUGUGCGAUGGUUGACGCUGGGGUGACUGCUAGUCCUUAAAAAGUUUUCAAAUGUCUUAAAUUUGACUUAUAAAUAUGAGGCCUUAAAAGUAAUUUAAUUGUCUUAAAUUUGAAUUUGUGAUGUGAGGACAAUAUAUAUACUCCUCACCUUUAUAGUUACAGGCAAUGUUUCAAUAAGAAAAUAAUGAUUUGUUUUUCAAUCUUUUAUCUUCAAAAGUUUGUAAAAAGCAUGUAAUUUAAGUGUCUGCUAACAGUAAACACCCUGUGACGAACUUUGUGCCAUUAAUCAAGCCUUUAUUUACCCGACAGAUCACACCUGGUUGCAGAUAGAAGUGCACAAUGAAAGUUAGGCUUAUGGGGAACCAAUCUUAAUGUUGAUGACGCCAUUAAUCUAUAGCCAUUACAUUGUGCAAUCAACAUUAGUGCAUCAUAAGUUAAAGCCAAAAACUUGUCUGUUUCCACUUUAAACACCCAGGUUUGGAAGCACUUUGACAAUCAUAGCAACUUGCCCUUUUGAUAAGAUGUGUUCACUAUGUUAUACUGUAUUGUGUGAGUAUGAAGACCAUUUCAUUGUAAAUGAUUUUGAAAAUUAAUGUGCUAAGCUCUUCUCUUUAAGUUACUGUUGCUAUGGCUAUCAAGUUUACCAUCUAUAUGCAGUUUACAAUGAUAGCAUUGGCAAAUUAACCACUCAGAGAUCAAAACUGUUUUUAAACUGUAACAUGGCUUUUUUUUUGUAUUUUACUUUUUAAUUGAAUAACACAAAAUAGCUCUUUUAUGUACAGAUAUUGGUUUGCAAAGUCUAGGAAAGAAAAUCAAAGGCCCUGUCUGCACCUUUACAGAUACUUUUAAAAACAGAUAUUCUCCUCUACAUGUGGCCUCUUGUUCAUACGCAAACAGAGUUUUAGGUCACUAAGAUGGAGAUUUUUUUAAAUGCCUUCUAAUGUGCAGAUAUUUCACAGCUGUGGUUACUGUCUAUCUGUGUGGACAUGUAAAACGGAGCCUUUGGGAAACAAUUACGUAAUCCCCUCAAUUUGCAUGUGCCCAUUGUUGCUUUCUAUUUAAUUUUUACAUUUUGCAAGAAACAACACUUGCGGACUUCUGGUUUGGUAAUGUUUUUUUUUUUAGCACUGCUUCAUCUAAUGGUGAGUAUUGCUUAUUGUUUGAGUGAGAGACUUCAUCCUUAUAUCAAAUGGGAAUCAAUGGUGAUUCAGUCCUCAGUAGAUGACGUGAGCCUGUAGAAUUUACCACCUUUGUGACAAGGGGAGACCACUGAAGAAACCUAACUGCUUGGUUUUUGCGUUCCAUUGUGGAUGGAGAUAUUUUGUAAAAUGAAUGUAAUGUGGACAGAAUCAUUUUUUAAAACUGAGUGGAAAAAUAUCUGCUUUUAAAACCAUCUGUAAACAUGUAGUCAAGGCCUUAAACUGGAAACUGAUCGGUUUGUCUCAGACAAAAUACGACUCAGGAAUGUUAAAUGUGCAAUUAUGACUCAGGGGUAUCUAUGUGUGACUGGGAAGAGUUAUUCAUGGCUUCUUUUUUAUUCCGUUCAACAUUCUCUUCUGUACUGUACAACACUGAGAGAUUUUAAGUAUCCCAAUGAUUAAAACUCUGAAAGCUCUUUUCUUAUGCAGCAUACUUUACAUGGCACUUACUUCAGAAUGUAAAUACUUUUUCACUCACAGGCGCUCUGGUUUACUUUGAGAGCUUGACAUAAUUUGUAUGCUGCGCCAAGUCCUCACAUGACUAUCAUGCUCGUUGCAACGAAUAAUGAAUCCUAUUUGUACUGAGUAUUGCUUCAUGCCAAGACAAGUGAUUAAACAUUUGC